AUGUUUGAUGAUGCAAGCUAUAGUGACAUUCUCAAGCGCAAAAGGAUUGAGCUCGCCAACCUAAACAAGAAAAAAGAUCGAAUUAUUGAUGAAAACGAGAUCUUAGCUGAGCAGCUGGAAAACUACGAACAAAAGAUAGAAGAUAAGAAAAAAGAGCUUGCCUAUAAGCAAGGAAAAGAAGACGAAACAAUUGAAAUAAAAUCAAGCUUCACUGGUGGAGAUGCAGAAAGACGCGAGAAAGAGCUUGAAGAAUGGGUCAAAUAUAAGCUGAUUGAUUUAAUAAAAACUGAUGAUGAAAGUGAAGGUAAAGAUAAAAGAACCCGCCUUCAAGAGUACGAAAGCGAAGUUCCACUAAUAAUUACCUCAGUCUAUAUUCGCUUUGUCCCUGGCUUGCGCGAUGGUGACUUUGAAAAAUUCGAGAAAAUGGACCCACAUGAAGCUUUAUUCAAAAUAAAUAAAACCACGACUUUUCAUGACUUGAAAGCGACUGCAUGCGAAUUCUGAGUAUUUUUUAUAUAGCAAAUCAAAGAUCCCGAUUCUGUAGGUUUCCGAGCUAACAAUUUUGCACUUCUUGGCUUAUUUAUGGAUGAAAACGUCCAGGAAUGUAUCAUAAACGAAAGAAUUCCUCCUGAAUUUUGGCUGUUUUCGAUUGACAAUCAAGCAAAAAGCAGCUUUACCACUUUGAAUGAUUGCUUUUUAGACCCUUCUAUUAUAAGUCAGUUUAAAGUUGGCUCAGUAAAAAGGAGAUUUGCAGGAAGAGCAAGAGGACUUUCGGAUAGGCAGCAUAUGAAUAACUUCAAAAAACUAUCUGAAAUGUACAAGGGGCUAGAAUCUUUUAAACGGGUCGAUAUUGACUUACUCUUGAAUAUAUAUUAAAAUGGCGAAGCAGACUUACCCUCGUGACUCCUAUAGUGAUCUCAGUCUAGUGGAGUGCAGAGCGGAUGGCAGCUAGGAAUACGUAUUAGGGCAGGUCUACUUGGAUCGACGAAGCAAAAUGCUGGGUAAGUCGAUCAUAUGCUCUGCUCCAAAUCAAGGUUUUGCCUCAAAGGGAAGUGGAUCCAAAAAAUAAAAAGGGGUAAAGCAUCAGAGCGAAAUGUUAUUUUCCUUGCCAAACGGGACUAUUUCUCCAGGAUUACACCCUGAACUAUGAAUUUACAUUUUGGCCGGAAGACAAUCAUUUUGAAUUUUCUGUGGUAGAAAUCUUUUUUGACCUGUAUAUUAUGGUGGCAUGUCAAAUAAAAGUGGAUUUUUGAUAGUGUGCAUUUCCUCGAAAUACAUUUGUUCGAAAAUUUUUAAAUAGCGUGACAUUUGGUCGAAAUCUAACGGGUUUUUCGGUAAAAUAUCUCACUAUCAAAAAGUUUUCAAAUGCAAACUGUUAAAAAUGCAAGAUUAUUGGACCUGCACCCUUAUCUAACUACAGGCUAGCUAGCCCAAGCUUCGAAUGGCAGAAUCAAAAUUUACUAUUUCCUGAAAUACGAACUUUGGAUCAGGGAGGGAAAGUGGUAGAGGCGGAAGUAGUCUUUUGGGAAUUUCAAUGAACUUUUCGAUAAGUAUAAUUAAGAUUAAUCUUAAGACUUACUCUCCAAAUCUGAGCAAGCGAAAUCGUUGAUAAAAUCAUAAAUUAUGUUUCAGUGCACGAGUAGGUAAUUCAUAUAAAAAAUAUUUUAUAAAUAGCAAUGAUAAUAUGAAAUCAUUAUUUAUCUUACAAAAUUUUAAAUUGCUUGUAUUUUAGAAUAUAAUAUAAUUUUUUUUAAAUAGUAAAGCUCUUAUUGCUAACAGAGAUAUAUUGCCUAUAAUUCAUAGAGGGGGAGCUAAAUGAUGACGCUAUUCUUAAGGAGAAAACCCAAGGGUCUUAUGCAAGUUUCAACACAAUGAUUAUCAUUCUAGUUUGUCUUGCAAUUUCUGCAGCUUUGAAUAUCGUGAGAGAGAGUUAGUUAGAGGGGGUUAAACGGGGUUUUAUUUCAGCCCCUAACUAUUCGGGCUUCAGCUUCAUGCGCGCUAAGUACUAAAGCCAUCUAAAGCCCUUUUCCUUCUAGGCCACUCAAAAUCGUGAUGUCGUCAGCCUUACAGAGAGAUUCAACUGAACUUGGACAGUACAGGACUCUUUGACCCCUGGUGUGCUAGGGUAUGAAGGAAACGUCCAAUUCAUAUUCUGGAGCUGCUUCUGCAAUUUGCAGGCAGCAUAAUGCUCCUAGAAGUGCUCGAUUGGUGUUGCGCCGUCUAUGGAGAUCGUGAGAAGAAACGUAAAUUCAGACUAUUGGCUCCAGAAAGGCAUAAACCAAGGCUUAUUAGUAGAUUUUUCUGACCAAAAAAAUUACUGGGCAAUAAGUACGUUUGAUGAUGUCGAUAAAUUUGUAAUAAACGUAUUAGCGCCAAAUGUAUUUAACAGUCAAUAUCUCUAUCAAAAUAAUUUUAUAAGAAGAUAUUACUUGGUUGGCCCAGUUAGAAUUCGACAAGUUAGAACUAAAGAAAUGGAUUGUCCUGAAGCUUCAAACUGGGAUAUAUCUUCAAAUUUUACCUGCAAAGAGGAUUUGAAAAUGAUGCAAAUAUGAAAAAAAAAAAUUUUAAAAAAUUUUGCAAAAAUUUCAUUAAUUUUUUCUCUUUUGCCUUUUUGCACUAGUUUUCGCGAAAAAAAUUUGUUUUUUUCGAUUUUUGCACCUUUUUGUAAUUUUUCCUUACCUGCUAUCAUCAAGCCUAUACAUCAAGCACAAAAUAUACAGAGAAUAUCGAAGGCAAAACCGAUUCCUGAAAUGUCUAUCAAAGCGCCUCAGAAACUGGGAUCGAUUGGAAUUUUGAUGGUGAAUUUUCUAGCUACGAUGGCUCUGGCUAUAUUUAUGAUUCAUGGCCUUCUAACACGACUAAAGAACAGUUCAUUAAUAGUUAUAUGGCAUUGAAAGCGGCGAACUGAAUCUGGCUUGAAACCCGGGGCUUAUUUUUAAGUUUUAAUUUAUAUGCUCCUACUUAUGAAAAAUUUAUUUCUGUAUGUAUGGUUAUGGAGAUAAGCACAACUGGCCUUGUAUUUCCUACUUAUUUUCAUUCUUCUGUAUUCAAGCUUUUUCAUGAAGGGACUUCUAAAGAUGAUUCAAUGCUGAUUCUCGAAAUAGUCCGAUUUAUUCUUGGGUUUUAUCUUCUAUAUAUCACAGUAAGAAUGGUUAUGAGGAAAACUGAUGACUCUAGAAACUACCAGUAUUUGUUUACUACAAGAGGAGUUGGGGAUUUAAUUAUUUUUUGUCUGAUUGUAUCUGCUUUUGCUUUUAAUUUUAAACACGAUAUAAAGAAAAGCCAUAUUUUGAGGGAAAAGUACACAGAUUUGCAACAGUCGGCUGAAGAUUAUAAUACUUAUAUUACUCUGAAUGCGUGGCUUAUUCUUUUAUUUAUGCUGACUCCCCCCAUCCUUGAUCGAACGAUUGACUGCAAAAAUUCCUAAAAAUUGGGAAAAUUAACCCCAUCCUUUAUCGAACGAUUUUCAUAUCAUGCAAAUUUUUAUAUAUAUAUAAAAAUAUUAGUUAUUAAAAGCUUGGGAAGAUGUGUCUAAUGAAGUUGUUUUCAGAGACUUUGAGACGACAGGAAGCUACGGAAUCAACUGUUCGAAGUGCUUUAGUCAUUAACCUGGUUUAAAAACUCAAUAAUCUAAAAAAUAGAGAUUCUUUUAAAUUUAAAAAAAAAAAAAACAAUUUAAUUCAAAUUAAAAUUUAUACAGUUUAAAGGGAAACUAAUAAAUCAAAAUAUUAAAAAAUAUUGUAUUCUUAUGAAAUUAAUUCAAUUUUUUUGCUGUAAAAAUAAUUAUUAAAUACUCUUAACCCUCUUAUUUAAAAGUAAAUAAAAAAUAACAUAUAUAUAUUUUAUUUUAUAUAUCUUUUUUUUUCCUUUUUAACUCCCAUCCUUGAUCGAACGAUGGCGAGCCGUUUGAUCAAGGAUGGGGGGGAGUGAGAAUGCUCUCAUUUUUGAAUAUCACUAAAAAAGUUGGAACAUAUUUGCUAACCAUGCAAAUGGCUGCAAGAAAUGUGAUUUGUUUGAUUUUCAUUUUAGGGCCAAUCUUGUUGGGUCUUCUAAUGGUGACUUAUAACAUAUAUGGAGCAAAUAAUUAUUACUGAAGAACUUUCAGCUGGAAUAUACUCUCUGAUAUCAUGUUCUUGCUUGGGCUAGGAUCUAUUGAUGAUUUAAUAAAGCUUGCUCCCACUUGGACAGUUGGUUUCUUAUAUGUUUAUUUCUUUGCAAUAGUAUUUUUCCUUUUCUCUGCAUUUUUAGCAUUAUUAAUUGAUACUUAUAGAAGAGUUUUUCUUAGAAAUAAGAGUCUUUCAAUUGCCAAGAAAGAACAACAGGACAAGGUUAAGUCUAUUUAUAAAGAGUGGCUUUAUUCUUCAGCGCCCUGCUUCAAGCCUAAGCCAGAAGAAGAGAAGCAUGAAGAUUCUGAAGAAGAUAAUUAUGCUUACUCCAAUAUCUGUGAGCGAGCAAACCAUUGAAAAAUCCUGACAAAACCCUCCAAGAGUGAACAAAGAUUUUUUAAUAUAAUUUUUUUUAUGAAAGAAAUUAUAUAAAAGUGUUAAUUAAUAUAAAAAGUCUUGAGCUAAUUCUGUUAAAUUUCAAAUAGCUUCAUUUUAAAACAUAAAUUUUAUAAAUUAAUUUUGUUUUUAAAAGAAAAAAUAAUGUGUACGAAAAAAAUUUUUUUGGCAAGCUCACGAAGGGUGAGUUAA